AUGUCCUGGCUGGGUGUUGGGAACAGCAAAGUCCCAGGGCAGGCUCUGUGCCAGCCCAGCUUCCUGGGCUGUAGGAACUGUGCCCUGGCCUUUGCCUUCAGCUUGGCCUUUUCUGCUCCCUUCUUGCAUUCACCUGCUGUGCCUUCCCUGGAGAUUCCACACACGAGGAGGGGCUGCAAACCCAGCCCAGGGAGCUUUGGGGAGGAAAGAGCCCCCCUGAGCCAGGAAGGCGGCCAGAGAUCCAGCCGGAGCUCAGAGCUGGUGGAGAAGCCCCAUGGCAGGGAGAAGCCCCACAAGUGCUUGGAAUGUGGGAAGGGUUUUAGUCGGAGCUUAGACCUGAUCCAGCACCAGGUGACCCACACUGGGGAACGGCCCUACGAGUGUGAGGAGUGUGGGAAGCGUUUCAGCUGGAGCUCCAGCCUGAGGCGGCACCAGGUGAUCCACACUGGGGAGCGGCCCUUUGAGUGUGAGGAGUGUGGGAAGAGCUUCAGCCAGAGCUCCGUCCUGAUCCAACACCAGAGGAUCCACUCUGGAGAAAAACCCUUUGAGUGUGAGGAAUGUGGGAAGAGCUUCAGGCAGAGGGGCCAACUGAUGCAACAUCAGAUGAUCCACACUGGAGACCGGCCUUACGAGUGUGGGGAAUGUGGGAUGAGCUUCAACCAGAAGGGGAGCCUGAUGCAACACCAGAGGAUCCACACAGGAGGAAAGCCCUAUGAGUGUGGCGAGUGUGGGAAGAGCUUCAGCCAGAGCUCUGGCCUGAGGAAACAUGAGAGGAUCCACACUGGGGAAAAGCCCUAUGAGUGUGGGGAGUGUGGGAAGAGCUUCAGCGUGAAGUGCCAGCUGACGGAACACCAGAAGAUCCACACUGGGGAAAAGCCCUACAAGUGUGGGGAAUGUGGGAGGAGCUUCAGAGGAAGCUCGGCCCUGAUUCGACACCAGGUGAUCCACACGGGGGAACGGCCCUACACCUGCUUGGAAUGUGGGAAGAGCUAUGGGUGGCACUUUGACCUGAGAAAACACCAGCGGCGUGUUCACUCUGGGGAGAAGCCCUACAAGUGUUCUCAGUGUGGGAAGAGGUUUCACAGGAGCUCCGAUCUCCUCAAACACGAGCGGUUUCACACAGAGGAGAGGCCCUUCCGCUGCCCCGACUGCGGGAAGGGCUUCAAGCUAAACUCCCACCUCACCAUCCACCGGCGCAUCCACACCGGGGAGAGGCCCUACGAGUGUCCUGAGUGUGGGAUGAGAUUCUCCAUGAGCUCAACUUUGACCAAACACCAACGGAGGCGCCACUAAGGGAAGCCCUGCGAGUGCCCCGAGUGUGGGAAGAGCUUUUUGCGCUGCUCCAGCUCCAUCCCCCAUGGGAGGAUCCAUGUUGGAUGAUCUCCAGUGACCCCCAUUUGGCAGAGCCCUGGUGAUCUGUGGUCCUAGUGAUCCAAGUUGGAAGGCAUCUGGCUGGGGGGCUCCACAUCUUCCUUGUUCUCUGAGGGUACCCAGAUAAACCCAGCAGCAGGAACAUCCAUCAGGAUGCAGACCUACAAUGGGAAUUCCUUGGGGAGAGCAGAUUUGUCGAAUUUCAACCCCAUAAAAUCUUUUGCAUUCAGUCCUAUCUUCUGGUGACAUCAAGGAGUACUGAAUGGUCCCUGAGGUAUAUUCUGGGUUGACUAUCUGAUGCUUGUAUCCCCAGUCUGUUCUGUUUGUGCUGAAUAAUAAGUUUUGUGCCUUUUAAGACUUGUCCUGAGAGUGAAGGGGGAGAGAAGCAGCACGCAGUUUGUUUUCAGACACUGCACUCACUCCUCCACAUUCCUGCUCCUGGACUGUGUUGUCUGCAGAUGGACACACAGUGGGACAGAGCUCUCCUUUGCUUUUAGUUAGUUUUAGCUGAAGGCAAAGAAGUUCCCUGGACUGUGGGUUUUUUCCCUUUUCUUUGGACCUGUUUAAACCUGCUCUGGCCUGAAUACCAGAAGAGCAUUGGCAGCUCACACCUGUGGCCCACUGGGCCGGGCCUGGGCCGCGGCAUUUCCAGCACCAGAGGGACUGAUAAGAGACUGAGUGAGCAGAGCUACAGCCCACGGAGGGGACUUUGUGAGUUUGUCUCUCUUUUAGAGCAGCAAGAGGUUUUAUUGUUUAAUAUUGUUUAGGUUUUAUUGUUUAAUAAACAGUUUUUUCCACUUUUCUUCAAGGAGGUAUUUUAUUUUUCCUGAACCAGCUGGGGGAGGGGCCUCUGUUUUCUAGAGGAACCUCUUUGGGGGUUCUCUCCCAAAUUUGCCCUGAACCAGAACAAGGUCUUUUCCAACUUCAGGGAUUCCAUGAUUUUGAUUUCCUGUUGCCCAAGGGUGUCUUCUGCAGCCAAAUGGUGAAAAACUGGGGAAAAGGCCAAGAUUUUAGAGACAGUGGGGUAGAAAUUCCACCAAAAAGGUUCUUCGCUUCUACCUAAGCACUGGAUCCUCAGCUGGUAUGGACAAGGAAUCCUUUUCUUUUGCCUUGAUUUUGUUUUAAUUUCUCUUUAUCCCUUUAAAAUAUCCAAUAUUGAUGUAAAAAUAGACAUUGAACUAA